AUGGGCGCGCUUCUUUCAAUACCGCUGUUGGCGGUGCCGAGCAUUGGCACGCUUGUGACCUUUGCUGCGAGCUGUUGCGGAGCUGCGACGUGCUCCGCCGUCUGUAGCAUGUGUGGGAAAUGCGGCAACAGUGUCGCUACCCGUAUCGCAUACGCCCUCAUCCUCCUCGUCAACUCGAUACUAUCAUGGAUCAUGCUCACUAAAUGGGCCGUCGAGAAGCUGCAGCAUCUCAUGCUCGACUAUGUCAAGAUUUCCUGCGGCGAUGGCGACUGCUACGGCUGGCUGGCCGUCCACCGCAUCAACUUCGCCCUCGGCCUGUUCCAUCUCCUCUUUGCUGCCCUCCUCCUGGGCGUCCACUCGUCCAAGAACCCGCGUGCCGCUAUCCAGAACGGCUACUGGGGCCCCAAGAUUAUUGCCUGGCUGGGCCUGAUCGUGCUCACCUUUUUUAUUCCCGACAGCUUCUUCAUGUUCUGGGGGAACUACAUCGCCCUAGUCUGUGCCAUGCUCUUCCUCAUCCUCGGCCUUGUUCUGCUGGUGGACUUGGCGCAUAACUGGGCCGAAUACUGCCUGGCGCAGAUCGAGGACACGGACUCAAAGGUUUGGAGGUUUGUCCUCAUUGGCUCGACCCUGGGCAUGUACCUGGCAUCGCUCGCCAUGACCAUUGUCCAAUACAUCUUCUUUGCCUCGGGCGGGUGCUCCAUGAACCAGGCAGCCAUCACGAUCAAUCUGCUGCUCUGGAUCGGCGUCUCGGCCAUCUCGGUGCACCCGGCCGUCCAGGAGCACAACCCCAAGGCGGGGCUUGCCCAGGCGGCCAUGGUGGCCGUGUACUGCACAUACCUUACCAUGUCGGCCGUCUCGAUGGAGCCGGACGAGACGGAAGACCGCCACUGCAACCCUCUGGUGCUUGGCCAGGGCACGCGCACAACCACGGUUGUCGUCGGCGCCAUCGUCACCAUGCUUACCGUCGCCUACACCACUACCCGAGCUGCAACCCAGAGCCUCGGCCUCGGCGGCAACGGCAAGGGGCAGAUCCGCCUGCCUGACGAGGACGAGCAUGACCUCGUGACCACUCAGCCGAGCGGCCGCCGGGAGAUGCGAGCCGAGGCGCUGCGCAGGGCCGUCGAGGAGGGCAGUCUCCCGGCCGACGCGCUCCUGUCAGAUGACGACAAUGACAGCGACUCGGGUGGCCGCUCGUCGCAUGACGACGAGCGGUCGAGCACCCAGUACAACUACACAAUGUUCCACAUCAUUUUCUUCUUGGCGACGGCCUGGGUAGCGACGCUAUUGACCAUGGACUGGGACGAGAAGAGGCAGGACGACUUCGCAACGGUUGGGCGCACGCUGUGGGCGAGCUGGGUCAAGAUUGUGAGCUCGUGGGUCUGCUACGCCAUGUAUACCUGGACCUUGGUGGCACCGAUUGUGCUGCCUGAGCGCUUCGACUGA